AUGGGAUCAUCGUGCUCACGAUGUUCAUGUGGAAAAAAGGAAAAAGACCAUUAUAGAUGCGUAAUUGUGGGUCUGGACGGUGCUGGCAAGACAACAUUAUUUAAUUAUAUCUGUGAUAAAAAUCAAGGUGAAAAACAACCGAUAAGUGGUUUCGAGAUUUGUAGUCGAGAGUAUGAUAAAAUUAUCUUCGAUUUCUGGGAUACCAACGGUGAUGCGUGUUGUCGCCAGUUUUGGACGCACUAUAUAUUUGGAGCUCACGCUAUAAUAUUUGUUGUAGAUAGUACAAAUAGAGAACGGUUCCCGGAAGUGAAGGCAGAGCUUAUUAAGUUACUGAACUGUGAAGGCACAGAGGUAUUCCAAGUGUCCUUUUGAAAUGUAGAAUCUCUUGUGGCUGAUCGUAGCUUCUAAGCUAGAUGUCCCUGGCCAUGUGUUUGAACGAGAAAUAUUGGAUUCCCUAAACUUGGAUCAGCUUUUGGGAGAACGCCAUUGGAGAUUAUUUGCUGAAGAAAAGUCGAAGCCCCCAAUAAACGAUUACUUGAAAUACUUGGCUAGUUCGUUCAUAAACUAGAUUGUGUUGUUGUUG